AUGAGUGACCAGCCGCAAUCAUACGCGAUCUCCGUCCCUGACGAGGAGAUCCACGGCCUAAAGCAGCGCCUGUCUCUGGCUCGAUUUCCCACCCAACUUGAAUCCUCUGACCAGGAGGAUCCUUGGGAUGUUGGGGUACCCACUAAGGAAGUCCAGAGGCUCGCAACCUAUUGGAAAGACGAAUUUGAUUGGCGAAAAGUAGAGGCUCAGUUGAAUCAACUGCCACAAUUCCAUACAGAAAUCGAAGUGGACGGUUUCGGCGUUUUGGACAUCCACUAUGUUCAUCAAGUUAGCCCAGUGAAGGAUGCUGUCCCAUUACUAUUUAGUCAUGGAUGGCCUGGGUCUUUUAUCGAGGUCACAAAGCUCCUGCCGAGACUCCAGGGGGAAGAUGGUCAGCCGGCAUUCCAUGUCGUGGCCCCGUCACUGCCAAAUUUCGGUUUCUCUUCUGGGGUCACCCGUCGUGGAUUUGGGUUGGGCCAAUACGCGGAGACUUUGCACAAGCUAAUGAUCAAGCUUGGCUAUGACCAGUAUGUCACUCAAGGAGGCGACUGGGGAUUCUGGGUGACUCGAAGCAUUGGGCUUUUAUACCCUGAGCACUGUAAAGCUUCACACGUGAACAUGAUUGUUGCCAAACAACCUCAGUGGAAGUCGAACCCAUUGCUAGCCCUUCAACACGCAGUCAAGCCGUAUAAUAGCCGGGAAAAGGAAGGCCGUAAACGUUCAGAAUGGUUUGACAACGAAGGGUAUGGGUACAAUGAGCUUCAAAGUACCAAACCGCAAACAAUUAGCGCGGCAAUUACAGACAGCCCAGUUGGCCUACUGGCAUGGAUAUAUGAGAAGCUUCACGACUGGACAGACUCGUAUCCUUGGACUGAUGAUGAGAUUUUGACAUGGGUUUCGAUAUAUUGGUUCUCCAAAGCUGGGCCAGAGGCAAGUGUCCGCAUCUACUAUGAGGCAAGGAAUGCUAAGCCGGCGGGUGGCAUUUCUUAUGCUAGACUUCUAUCUUAUAUUCCAAAGGUUAAGCUUGGACUUGUUCAUUUGCCUCGGGAAAUUUCUGUUGUUCCCGGGACCUGGGCUGCCACGCUAGGCCCACUUAUCAGUGAGAGUACAAAUAAUAGCGGGGGCCAUUUCGCGGCCUGGGAAGUACCUGAAGUUAUUAUUCGAGAUCUGCAGGGUAUAUUUGGAAAGGGUGGGCCAUGUUUUGGGGUGGUGUCUGGUCGGAAUGGCUAUUAA